AUGGUCAAUGUUCCAGGUAGAAGCAAAGGCUGCGUAACGUGCCGCAGGCGCAAAAUCAAGUGUGAUGCAUCACUACCAGCAUGCUCCCAGUGUUUGAGGAUGGGGCUGUACUGCCCUGGAGCUCGAACAGGGGCAUUUUUCGUACACGCCUUACCAGACUCGACAUCAAGCAAGCCAAUUGCGAGGCAAAUAUCAACCAAUUUGAAGGGCCCAACAUUUGCUGGCGCGGUUCAGGGGUGGAGCUGUGAUCGAUACUGGGAUCCUCGGCUACCGUCUUAUCAACAGCCCUGCCGGGCAGAUCUCUUUGACCAGCUCUUUGUCUCCCAUUUCAUUGAGUCGUUUGGCUUCAAGGCAUCUAGAGCAAAUGACCCGUCGUCGAUCUGGCUAAACAAGCUAGCUGUCUUCAUUACCCAGCCAUCUCCAACACUAGUAAGAAGCUCUAUCAGAGCCGGGUCGAUGUUUUUCUAUGGCUCACCAGUGGAUGAUGUUUCAAUUCGCACCGAAGCCAAUAAAUGGUAUCUCAGGGCUCUUCAUGGGCUGCGAUGUCUACUAGAACAGCAAGCUGGCGCUUUUACUGGUGAUAUAAUUUGCUCUGUUGUGAUGCUUGCUCACUUUGAGACUACUGCAGGAACUUCUGGCGAGGCAUGGUUCCAGCAUGUGCAAGGCGCAGCACAGAUGCUCCAACCGGGCGGUCCAGCAAGCUGUCGAGAUGGGUUCUUGCACCAGCUAUUCAGGCAUCUAAGGCUUUUAGUCUUCACCGCUGCACUGUUCAAAAACCAGCAACAUUACUUCUCCUCCCAGGAAUGGUUAACUAUUCCAUUCGAAACCCACUCAAAGACUGCAUUUGACGAGUUUGUAGAUAUUCUACUCUCUUUGUUACCGUGCUUGGGCGUGGCAAGAGAGAUGAUAGACUUGAGAGGAGAGAGGGCCAGCUGUCUCAAGACCAAGCUGGAUAAGCUUCUUCGAGAGUCAAUAUCGCAACUACACUCUUGGUGGACAAAAUGCACCCUCUCAACGAACUUUAUCGAAGCAAAUUCUGAACAGUGGACGGGAACUUCAACCAGCGGAUUCGAAGACCUUCCCGGGGAUUCCGAGCAUUACCCGCUAAUCCCUUACUCGGACAUGCCUUCCGCUUCACUAUCAGCACUAUACGAUGCGGUCAAUGUCAUCGUGUUGCGCUUGGCGUUUCUGAUCUCGUCAUCUGCGCAUUUAUAUGAAACCAGAAUCCAGCUACAUGUCAAAUCAAUUCUGUUAGCUAAGGAGUUCGUCGCAACAUUUCCCGGACCUGCUUCUAGUCGUGGGUCAGUGAUGGUGGGAUUACCGCUCAAGAUUAUCAGUAUUUGGAGUCCAUCCAACAUGCUGCUCAAUGCUAUGAAUCCUUUGCCGGGGCUUGAUUCCCAGUACGAAGACCGCGGGACUUCUUCAAAUCCCUCAAGAGAGCUCUUUGGAGAGGUGGCUCAUCAUGUGCUACAACUGUACAGUCCAGAGGUUUUCACUUGA